AUGGCUGCGCCUAUUAUGACGGAGGAAGAGAGGACGCGCGCCUCUUUUCUGAUCAACCCAAUGAUGGAUACGACAACAUCCAAAACUGUAGUCGUCCAGGUCCUCAAGACCUUCAACAGCGAGGAGUCCAGGACAAUUUGUGCAACUGAUUGCUUUAACAAUCACAUCACUUUAGAAUGGCCGUUCCCUGAUUUUAAUAUGGGAGGUGAGGCAAUAUAUCCGGGCACACUUCUGAAGCUGGAUAAUACAGAGGUCCAGAAAAAUUUGGCCGAAAAGGUAAUUUUUGUUGAUGACACUACUGUUGUAAAACAUCUUGGAGGAACCACAAAGAGAAGCGAGUUUUAUGAAAUGUGCCAAAAAGCACGUCAAGAAGAUAAGUAAGUUACGAUUUGUAUAAUACAAGAUUUUUAGGAAUACGGAGACGGUUAUCAUUCUGAGAAUUUGGAAGAACAACAGACCUGCUGACGGAGGUCCGGAUAUGGUAAUAAAUGGAGCUGACAUGUUCAAAAGACCGAUUGUAAUAUAUGUAAAUGCACAUAAUAACGUCUCAAAGUUCUCGCCUCUACGAGAAGGACAUGUUUAUGAUCUUAAAAAUGUGGAGAAAUUUCCUCAUAAUGCCGACGAUGUGCAUCACAAAAUAACUCCGAAUUCUAUGAUCACGGUUCUGGGAAUCAAAAAUUUCUCUCGUCAAUUGAACUGCCAAUGUAUAAAUGGCGAAUGGAAGAUGACUGAAGUCGUCUUUCCCCAUUACGUAAAUAAACUCCCGGACUACGAUGAGAAAAACAAGGAAAAUGUCACACCGAAAAGAGCGAAAAUGCCUCUGAAGCAGAGAAAACUUUAA